AUGAGUAGGCCCUGGCUAGUUCCUGGCUCGUCCCUGGAGGUUUUGGCAAGCCUCUGUGAACAUCUCAGUGCAGAAGCAGGCAAGGGUGCCAAGGAGGUGCAUGCCAAGCAUGGCAAGCAUUGUUGUGCUGGCUCGGUGAUGGCCCGCCUCUCCUCCCACGUGCCAGCCGUUCUGCGCUUUGUCCGCCACGGGCUUCAUAGGCGGCCAGAACCAGGUGAUGUGUCUGUGCGAAGCAGUGCUUUGGAUGCCGCCCGUGCCCUGCAACGUGCGGGCAUCGGCGGCCACCCGACCGCCAUGGCGACUGCGACCUUCGCUGCACUCUUCACCGACCACGCGAUGCGCCGCACUGCCGGGCUCCUGCUGCAGGCGCUGGCGCGCUCCGAGCCCCAGGCAGUUGCCGUGGCACUUCCACGUGGUCUUCGUGAAGGCUUUGCGGCCCUGCUGUGGCUAGCACCACAAAAGUUAUUGCUUGGCGCGACACCCACCGACGUCUCCUCCAAUGCAUUCGCUGCUUCCGGUCGAGUGGCGCGUGGGAAGUGGAUCCACGCCAUGCUCGCGGAGAUGCAGAGUCAGGACUUUCUCGAAGGCGACUUCCCGCCGCUGCCCAUGGAUCUCUCCAACCGUGGCCCAUCUCGCCUGGCGCCCUUCGGCGGCCGGAGGAAGGCCGAGGACAUCACGGAGAAUUGGCCUCGCCAAGCUCGUCUUCGCUUCCUCUAUGGCCAGUUUCUGGCGCUUCAGCUGCUUUCACUGCCUCUCUCAACGGCCGCGACGUCAUCCAAGAACGACAAGAGCGAGAUCGGCAUCAUCUUCGAGGAGUGCACCCGCUUUCUCGGCCUCCGGAGCGCUGCCCACGCCACAGCCGUGGAGAGUGAGGGAAUGGGCAACCACACUGUCCUGAGCUGCAUUUCGGCGGUUCUAUGCAAGGCCGUCCUCGCCGUUCUUUCCGAGGAGACGUCCGAGCGGGGACAGAAGUUUCAGGCCGCUCUCCGUGCCGCGGCGCCGGUGCUGGCGGCUGCAGCCACUGGAGACUCCAAGGCAGCCCUGCAGUGCCUGGCCGAAGCUGCAGAAGGUGCCGACUCACCCUCGCCACGCCCAAAGCGAGUCCGAGGAAAGACUUCGUUGGGCGACCUUUCUGCGCGAAAGAAGAGGCGCAUGACAGCCACGACAGCCAGCAAGAAAGGCGAGGCGAGCCCUUAA